UGUUACUGCUGAUGAUGAUGUUACUGCUGCUGAUGAUGAUGAUGCUACUGCCGCUGCAGCUGGGCUCAUACUUUGGCGCGGCGCUCUGCGUGGGCGACGUGAACGGCGACUCCCUCUCGGACCUCCUUGUGGGCGCACCCUUCCACAGCGACCUCCGUGACGAGGGCCGCGUCUUCGUCUUCCUGAGCCGCGGGGGGGGUGCGAUGCUGGAGAUGCCCACGCCGCUGCAGGGAGACAACGCCUACAACGCUCGCUUCGGGGAGGCGAUGGUAAACCUGGGGGACCUGGACCACGACCACUACCCCGAGUUUGCGAUCGGAGCGCCUAACGAGGACGACAACGGCGGGGCGGUGUACGUGUACCACGGCAGCGCGCACGGCAUCGCCGCCAAGUACUCGCAGAGGAUCAGCGGUCGAGGCAUCCACCCCUCCCUGCGGAUGUUCGGCCAGUCCCUGGCGGGUGGACUCGACCUGGAUGACAACGGCUUCGCAGACCUCGCGGUCGGAGCCUACGGUUCAAAUGCAGCCGUGCUGAUCAGGGCUCGUCCCGUGGUGGACGUCUCGGCGUCCGUGGUGCUGCCGCGAGGGAUCAACGUGACGGGCCCUGGGUGCGGCCGUGGGGGCCGUGGGGCCCACUGCUUCACGGCCUCCGUCUGCCUCUCCUACUCGGGGCCCGGGCUCACGCGCAGCCUCGACAUGCGGUACGAGCUGAUCGCCGACUCGGUGAAGCAGCACUCUGGCCUCCCCGUGCGGCUCUCGCUGGAGAGCGCCGAGGGAGCGAGCUCCGUGCCAGGCUCGGUGCGCCUCACCAUCCAUGAGCAGCGCUGCCUACAGCACGUGGCCUACGUGAAGGGGAAGGUGAACGACGUAGUUGCGCCCUUGGUGUUCGAAGUCCGCUACUCGCUGGCGCACGGCGAAACGGCGGAAGGCGAGCGGAGGGGCGCCAGCCGGAGGAGGAGGAGCGACUCCCCCGGGGGUGGCAACAACACUGGCAGCAGCGGCAGCAGCGGCGGCGGCGGCGGCGGCGGUGGUGGUGGUGACGAUGAUGACGAUGACCUCCCCGCACUGCGACCUGUCAUCAGAUGGAGGGAGCGACACAGAGAUUCGGCGAGAAGUGUGACAAAGUUUGAGAGGAACUGUCACACAGACGUGUGCCCGGCUGACCUCAGAGUGAACGGGACCCUGGUCCUCCCCAGGCUGCUGUCUGACCGCCCCUACCUGGUGGUGGGUGAGGUGCACUCCCUGCGCGUCAACCUGAGCCUGGGCAACGUGGGGGAGGACGCCUUCGACCCCACGCUGCGCAUGCACUUCCACCGGGAUCUCUUCCUCGUCAACGCCUGGGACACGGAGGAGGAAAAGGCGCUGAGCUGUGAGGUGCUGGAGGGGAAUUUGCUGCAGUGCAGCGUGGGGUUCCCCUUCCUCAAGUCUCACACCAAGCGGGAAGUGAGCGUGCUGUUCGACAGCAGCCAGCUGAGUGGCGAGGACGAUCUGCUCGAGUUCAGCGCUCAGAUCACCAGUCAGAACAUCGAGCACAACGAGACCCUGGACGACAACCAGGAGCUGCUGUCCAUCCCCCUCCGCUACGAGGUGGACACCACCCUGCACGGCUCGGUGUCCCAGACGUCGAUUCUGUACGGAGGCGACUUGUCAGACCGCGAGGCCGUAGCACUGCCCGGCCAGCCGUGUCACUUCCAGUGGCUCAACUUCACCUUCCAGGCAUUGAACCUGGGCCCUAGUCAGGCCCCUGGGGCCUUUCUCGAGGUGCUCAUCCCGUCUCGCCUGCACCCCGAGGGGCCGCACGCCCUGCAGCUGCACGAGGUGCAGGUGUCCCCGGGUGGGGGGUCGUGCCUGGGGCCGGCGCUGGGGGCCGUGUGCGUGACGCCCGAGCAGCACAGCGAGAGCGUCUACCAGCUGUUCAGCUUCUUCAGCAAGAGUGGGCGCAAGCUGCUGGACUGUGCGUCGUGGCCGGAGGGCUGUGUGGCGGUGCGCUGCGAGCUGGGACCCUUCGCCCCGGGAGAGACGCCCAGCGUCAGCGUCAAGGCGCUGCUCAACACUGACAUCUUGCAGCAGGAGAGCUCCUCCGUGAUCCAGUUCUCGGCGCGUGCCGAACUCCGCGUGCCGCACUCGGACCGAGUGGUGGAGCUCUCCACCGGCGCGCCGGGGACCAUCGCGGUGGUGUUCGAGGCUCUUCACGACCUCAGACCCCGCGGCUUCAUCGCCGUCUGGAUCAUCGCCAUCAGCCUCAUCAUCGGCCUCCUCAUCCUCAUCCUCCUCAUCGUGCUGCUCUGGAAGCUGGGAUUCUUCAAGCGGAACCUCAAGGAGGAGCUGGAGAUGCAGCGAGCUCGCAAGAAGAGCUGGGACUGGGUCAAGAUGGCCGAGUAGAUCUUGAUGAUAAGGUGGUGGUGGUUGUGGGGUGGGUGG